AUGAAUAAACAUCCGCAACCAAAAAAUCCUAUCAAUUGGUUAGAUGAAAUCAAAUAAGCUUAGGACCCUGUAUCGCUUUCUAAUCUAUACAUUAAAAAUUUAAAAGAAGGUAUUCAUCUACAUUAUUCUUAUUGAACUAAGAAUACUGGAAUCACAAAAUAAAUCAUUAAAAACAACUCUAGGAGUAUACGAUUUCGAAGCAUCAAAAAGACCAUAAUCAGCUAUUGAAAAAAUGGCUAACUCAAAAACCCACUAAAUUGAAUUAGGACAAAAACCAUCAGAUUUUGCAAAAUAUCCGUAAAUACUGUAUUCUCUAACAUUCUUAGUACAAACUAAAAACUAAGCAAUUUAUUUGUUGAUGAGAGUGCCUUUGGUAGUUCGGCUGUUAGAAUUGAAUAUAUCAGAGAAUUAGAAUAAUUAGGGGAUGCAUUAAAAAAAUAGAAUGCUGAGCUCCAAACUCAAGUACAACUCAAAAAGCCUAAUCUAUAACGCAGUUUCAUUGUUAUACCCAAAAAGUAUGAAGGCCAUGAUUGUAUGAAUGAUAAAACUCUUAUAUCAAAAUCAACUCUAGUCAAAGGAAAUAAAUUUACAAAGUCCAAUGAAACGAUCACCAAAAGUAAGCUAAAACCUGAUAACUCUCUUAAAGAUAGGUAAUCAUUGCUUAUUAAUUAAGAUAAAUCCAAAAUUUAAUUGAAGAAAAGAAACUCUUAUAAAAAGAAGUGGCUCUGUACAAAGAAACCUUCAAAACCAGAUAAAAUAAACUAGAGGGAUUCGAUACUGAAAAAAUAAUGAAGAAGUUUAAUAAAAAUGCAGCUCUACAUGGGGAUAAAUAGAAGUAGCUUACAUAGAGCAAGCAUAAUGAAGAAAUAAAGGAAUAAUAUUUAUAGGCUUUAAUGCAAGAGUCAUUUUUACUACAAUAAUAAUUAUAGAGAAUAUAGGAGGAAAGUAAAAACUUCGAUCCCCAUAAAAAAUCUGAAUAUUGA